AUGACGGACGACCAGAAGACCGCCGGCACCAGUGCCGCUGAGCGCACCGGUACUUUGACAGGUACCACACGCAAUGCCACGAAUGUCGAAGAUAUUGAGACUACAGGACCCAUGACUGAGCCGGAGAAGGACCUCCGCCUGUGGGAGGCAAUCAAGCUGUACCCCAAAGUUACGGGUUGGUGCAUGGGCCUCACUAGCGCGAUCCUCCUCUGGGGCUACGAUAAUAUCAUCGUUGGCCAGAUUACCGCCCUGCCCACAUUUCAGCGCGACUUCGGCGAGUGGUCGGUUUCCGAGGACGACUAUAUCUUUCCCGCGUUCUGGCUUGGACUGUGGUCCUCGAGUACAAACAUCGGGGCCUUUUUCGGUUCAAUCACUGGCGGUUUCAUCCAGGACCGGAUCGGCAGGAAACUCAGUCUCAAUCUGGGAGCUGUUCUUGCGGCUCUCGGUGUCUGCAUCAUUUUCUCGUCGUACUGGGUUGGUGAUCUAGAGUCGAAGCGUGGCGUUUUCUUCGCUGGAAAAGUCUUCGCUGGCUUCGCAACUGGUAUCGUCAAAGUCCAGGUCCUGACAUACAUCUCUGAAAUCACACCCACAGCGCUCCGAGGCUCCGCAUUAGCACUCGUUCCUACCUUCACCCUUCUCGGCCAACUAGUGGGUGGUCUCAUCAUCUUUGGCAUCAACGAGAGCGAGUCGCCUACGGGAUACCUGGUUGUUCUUGGAUCUCAGUGGAUACUUUCAAUUGUGCCCUUGGUGCUAUCAAUUUUCAUGCCGGAGUCGCCCGCAUUCUUGAUCAGAAAGGGCCGGCAUGAAGAGGCUAUGACGGCGAUCAAGCGCCUUGUCGCUCCCAAAGUUGACCCUGAGAAGGUCUUCCGGCAGACCAAACUGACGAUUGAACAAGAAGCUGCGCAGGCCGAAGCUGUCAACUAUCGCGACUGUUUCAACCGUGCCCAUCUUCGUCGAACCUGGAUUGUGCUGUUCGCAAAUCAGUUGCAAUCUCUGUUCGGGCUGGAUUUGCUCAGCACUGCGUCAUAUUUUCUCCAGGUCAUCGGCAUGGACUCCGGAACCAGCCUGAUCUUUCUCAUCUCAGGUAUUGCCCUUGGCAUGGUCGCGAAUGGUGUCAGCAUAUGGCUUCAAUCACGAGUCGGAAGACGUCGGCUCAUCAUUCCCAGCUUUGUGGCUGCCGGGAUUCUCUACACAGGAAUGGGCAUCGCUGGAUGCUUCAAGACCACCGCUGUUCAGUGGUACAGCGCAGUGUCGCUCAACCUUGUCAUCGUUGUCUGCGGUCUUGGCGCCUGGCCCGCCGGCUACUCGGUCAUGAGUGAGGCAUCUGCAUUGAGGUUACGCUCCAAAAGCCAGGCUAUCGGUGGUGUCAGUCAACAGGCGGCGAGUGUCUUGUUCAAGUUCACGCUGCCGUUCAUUUUCAAUCCAGACGCGGGCAAUCUCAGAGCAAAGACCGGAUUCGUGUACACGGGACUAUGCCUCAUCGGCGGAUUUGGGACGUUCUUCUGGGUACCGGAGAUGAAGGGCAGGAAUGCCCUGGAGAUUGACGAUAUGUUCGAGCUGAAGUUGCCUGCACGCCAGUUCAAGCAUUGGAAAAGUGAGCGUGGCGAACACGUUGAGGCGAAGGAGGAGUAG